UGUUGAGCAAGAAACAAGUCAUAACCAAACAAAAAGAAAGAUUAUGAUGUUCAUGUUGCUUUCUUGCUUUUCCUUUGGCUCUUUCAAAUAAUCUAAAGCAAAACUUUGAUUGUACACAAAUGACCCACCACCUUUCUCUUUUCUCUUGCGGUUGGUAACUAACAUCCCACAGAAAGCAACUUCUUCUCCUCCUCUUCCUUUCUUGUGAAUAAAAAUUUAACCUCUUACUCUGCAGCACUACCCUGUCCAUGGCAACUCAGAAGUGUUUCCUCCAAAUGUUCACUUUAAUAUGUGUCUUCUACUUCUUGCCUCUGGUACAUUCCAUAGAAUUCAAUUUCCCUGCUGUUUUCAACUUUGGUGAUUCAAAUUCUGACACUGGCAACCUUGUUUCUUCUGGGAUUGAAACCAUCAAUCCACCCUAUGGGCAAUUUUACUUUGAAAAACCAUCUGGGAGAUACUGCGAUGGUCGUCUCACUAUUGAUUUCCUCAUGGAUGCAAUGGAUCUGCCUUUCCUGAAUGCCUAUUUGGAGUCUAUUGGGUUGCCAAAUUUUCGAAAAGGAUGCAACUUUGCAGCUGCAGGAUCUAAAAUACUUCCAGCAACGGCAGGAUCAGUUAGUCCUUUUUCCUUUGGAAUUCAAGUGAAUCAGUUCCUCAGAUUCAAAGCACGAGUUCUUGAAUUGCUCGGUAAAGGUAAGAAACUUGAUAAGUAUCUUCCAGCAGAAGACUAUUUUGCUAAGGGGCUAUACAUGCUCGAUAUAGGGCAGAAUGAUCUUGCUGGUGCAUUUUAUUCCCAAACAUUUGAUCAAAUAGUUGCCUCAAUUCCAAAUAUUCUGGUAGAAUUUGAAGCUGGAAUCAAGAGAUUAUAUGACCAAGGAGCAAGGAGUUUUUGGAUACACAACACAGGUCCUCUUGGAUGCUUGACUCAAAAUGUUGCAAAAUUUGGAACUGAUCCAUCAAAGCUUGAUGAGUUUGGAUGCGUCAGUGGGCAUAAUCAAGCAGCCAAACUUUUUAAUCUGCAGCUCCAUGCACUCUGCAAAAAACUACAGGGCCAAUAUGUUGAUUCAAAUGUCACAUAUGUUGAUAUCUACACUAUAAAAUAUAACCUUAUCUCGAAUUAUUCUCGAUACGGAUUUGAGCAACCCAUAAUGGCUUGCUGUGGCUACGGAGGACCACCAUUAAACUAUGACAGUCGGAUUAGUUGUGGGCAAACAAAAGUUUUGAAUGGGACUACAGUCUCUGUCAAAGCUUGCAAUGAUAGUACUGAAUAUGUGAACUGGGAUGGAAUUCAUUAUACAGAGGCUGCAAAUCAGUAUGUUUCAUCACAGAUACUCACUGGAAAAUAUUCCGAUCCACCUUUCUCAGAUAAAAUGCCUUUCCUUCUAAAUCUCAAGUUCUGAGGAGCUAAUUUACUUACUUUGCUAUAAUUAUUUCAUUCAUUUGUUUGAUGGCUGAAAUUAUAUGCAAGCCAUUAAAAUUAUUAAGUUCUGACAAGUGAUGUACUUUGUGUCUGAAAGUCAAUUCAAAUUGCAAAUUUCAACAUUAUUACA